AUGCACGACGACAACGACGGAAAAGGCCACCUACGCGUUGCAGAAGAUACAGUCUACCGCAAUGAAAUGCGCGAGCUCUGUCGCCGCGACUCGACCAUGUCCAUCCACAGCGAUCAUGGCCGAGUUGUCACACCGGGAAACUUGCUUCCCAUAACCUACCGCUCCUUCAAGGUUGACGACGCUGAAGCUGCCGGGAAAGCUGGAGGCAGCAAGCAGGAAAACGAGCAUCUCCGAAGCCUCGCCGAACUAGACUCGCACCUGAUCUCCGUCCAAGACCUGCAAUGCCGUCUGGGGAGCUCGCCCACCGGCCUGCAAGCCCACCAAGCCAGCCAGCGGCUCGUCAAGCACGGCCGAAACCAGCUCUCGCCCCCAUCUUCACCUUGGUUCCGCUUAACAAUGGGGUACAUCUUCGGCGGGUUUGGUAGUAUCCUCCUCGGCGGCGCCGUCCUGGUUUUUGUAGCGUGGAAACCGCUCGGUGACCCUCCAGCUGAAGCGAACCUUGCGCUCGCCAUUGUGCUGGUGGCCGUCUGGGCAAUCCAGGCCGCCUUCAACGCCUGGCAAGACUGGUCCUCGUCGCGGGUCAUGGCAUCCAUCACGACCAUGCUCCCGGAUCAGUGUAUUGCCAUGCGCGAUGGGAUGGUGACGUCCCUUAGUGCGCUGGACCUGGUCCCUGGCGAUGUGGUCCAAGUGAAGCAGGGGAAUAAACUGCCGGCAGAUAUGCGCUUUACACAGGUCUCUGCUGAUGCGAAAAUGGAUCGUUCAAUUCUCACGGGUGAAUCCGAGCCUAUCCACGGCACGGUCGAGUCCACACAUUCUAACUAUCUCGAGACCAACAACAUUGGUCUGCAGGGCUCGUACUGUGUCUCUGGGGCGUGUCUAGGCAUUGUCGUGGCCACGGGCAACGAAACUGUGUUCGGCCGCGUCGCCAGCCUCUCCAGCGGGCGGCGAACCAAGAUGACGCCCAUGCAACGGGAGAUUCUCCGUUUCGUGGUGAUUAUUGCGUCGCUGGUGGUGCUUUUUGUGACCAUCAUCGUCAUCAUCUGGGCUGCCUAUCUACGGCGAGACCACCCGGACUUCAUCAACGUCCCAGCCCUCAUAGUCAGCUGCGUCAGCGUCGGCGUGGCCUUUAUCCCCGAGGGUCUGCCGAUAGCCAUAUCGAUGGGUCUGACCAUUGCCGCAGGUAUUAUGAAGAAGAAUAAGAUUCUCUGCAAGUCGCUGGCGACGGUGGAAACUCUCGGCGCGGUCUCGGUCAUUUGCUCAGAUAAGACGGGGACUCUGACGAAGAAUGAGAUGUUCGUCACAGAUUGCUUCGUUGGCAGCAGCGACGAAUACACCACGGAGAAUCUGCUACGCAUGCCCGUCUCCGACUCGAUCGACCUCCUUCGCACCGUCGCCGGAGUCUGCAACGCGGCAGAACUCGAUGUCUCGACCAUGGACCGUCCUUUACAUGCCGUCAGGAUCUUUGGUGACCCCACAGACCAGGCGAUCCUGCGGCUCUCGCAGUCUCUCGGUCCGGUAAGCGAGUUGCGCAUGCAGUGGAAGACUGCAUUCGAGAUUCCAUUCAACAGUGAAAACAAAUUCAUGAUUCGCGUGGUGAGGUGGACUCUUGGAGCAGAGACGGGAGGAGGAUAUUUACUCAUCAAGGGCGCCCCGGACAUACUCCUACCAAGGCUCACCACUAACACCAACGGCAGGGAUCUCUCGCAGGGAGACCGAGGGAGGAUCGAGGCUGUCAAGGACCGAUGGUCAGCUAUGGGAAAGCGAGUGAUCCUCCUGGCGCAGAAGGCUGUCACGAACGAGUGGAUCUGCGACGUUCAAGCCUCGCGCAAUGAUAGAGCCGUGCUUCAGUCCGCAUUAGACGGACUGACGCUUGUCGGACUUGUGGCUUUGAUUGACCCCCCUAGAGACGAAAUCCCCGGCGUGAUCGAUACCCUGAGAAAGGCCUCCAUCCGCAUCAUGAUGGUUACCGGCGACUACAAACUCACAGCCCAAGCCAUCGCCAUCCAAUGCGGAAUCAUCACAACACUACCUUCACUCAUAGACGACAUCACCAGCCUUGACCACGACCAGGACGGCAAGGACGUGACACAUAUCCCGGGCACCACCAUCGCGAUUGUCCUUAGCGGGCCCGAACUCGCUCACCUCUCCGCCACGGACUGGGACCGCCUCUGCACAUACGAUGAGAUCGUCUUUGCGCGCACAACGCCCGAGCAGAAGCUGCGCAUCGUGCAGGAGUUCCAGGCCCGAGACCACAUUGUAGCCAUGACGGGUGACGGCGUCAACGACGCGCCGUCGCUCAAGGCAGCGGAUGUCGGGGUUGCGCUGGGCAGUGGCUCGGAUAUCGCAAUCGAGGCCGCGGAUAUUGUCCUGCUGGAUUCGUUUUCGGCCAUUGUCGAGGCUGUGCGGUAUGGGAGGCUUGUUUAUGACAACCUCAAGAAAACCGUCAUCUACCUCCUCCCCGCGGGGAGUUUCAGCGAGCUGUGGCCCGUGGUAACGAACGUCGUCCUCGGCGUCCCCCAAAUCCUCUCCUCCUUCCUGAUGAUCAUAAUCUGCUGUCUAACCGACUGCGCCGGCGCCAUCGCCCUCGCCUGGGAAAAGCCCGAAUCCGACCUCCUGCUCCGCCCACCCCGAGACCCAAAGCGAGACCGCCUGGUCGACACACGCCUCCUCGGCCACGCAUACCUCUUCAUCGGGCUAUACGAGUGCUUCCUCUCCUACGUCAUGGCUUUCUGGUACAUGCAGCGCAACGGCAUCCCCUUCACCGCAAUGGUCCUCCGCUACGGCGACUACGACGCGCACGACACAGCCCAGCUCGCCCGCGUCGUGAACUCAGCCUCCUCAAUCUACUUCGUCACCCUCGUCAUCAUGCAGUUCUUCAACCUGCUCGCCGUGCACACCCGCCGCCUUAGUAUCUUCCAGCAGCCGCCGCUCGGCAAUCCCGCCACGCAGAACCUGCUCCUGUUCCCGGUAAUGGUCUUUGCCCUGUGUGUUGUGUUUCUCUUCCUGUAUGUUCCGGACUUACAUGAUUCCCUGGCGACUACGACCGUGCCGGUUGAGCACUUCUUUCUCCCUGUUGCGUUUGGACUUGGGCUGUUGCUGCUGGAUGAGGGGAGGAAGUUUGUGGCAAGACGCUGGCCGCAGGGGUCCGUGGCGAGGGUUGCUUGGUAG